AUGUUUCUGUCUCUUCCUACAGUGACUGCCCUCAUUCCGUUGGUAUCUCUAGCGGGACUGUUGGCAGCCUCCGUGGAAGAAAACUCCCCACAGGGCUGCACCAACACAACCAGCUUGUGCUUUCACGGUCUGCUCCUGCCCAUUACCAUACCAGUUUCUGUGUUCUUCCACCUUUGGACCUGGAUGGGUAUUAAACUCUUCAGGCAUAAUUAAUACAACCAGAGCCAAGAUGAUAUAUAUGCAUUAAUGAUACGUUGUGAGCAUCUAUCUCUGAAAGCUCAACUACAUGGAAAUACUAGAAACCCACUUAAAUUGCAGGAAAAUUGCUUUGCCUUGCUUCUCUCAGAGGUUUAGGACUAUGGGAGCCUUAAGCUGCAGAAGUUUCUUUUAUUGUACUUUUGUUCUGCCCUUGUUUUUUGAAAAUUCUAAUUUAUAACUACUGUAUCAGAAGAAACAUUUCAACACAGUUUCUUCUUGGAAAUUAACAGUCCCAGCCAUCACCUGAUAACUUUCUUACCCCAUUCAUCUAGAAGUUAAUAAUUACAAUUUUAUAUGUUUAUUUUAGAUUCAAAGUAUUUGGCAGAGUCACAUGUUAAGGAUGACUGAAAUAAUUCCAAAGGAGUUAUGUUGAAGUAGUUGUAGAGAAAUGCAUUUGAACUAGAGUGGUGGAAAACUACAAUAAAAUGGAAAUUUUAUGUACUUGCAAACAUUCUGCAUUUGUAAAAUUACCUUCAUUUCUUUGGCAUCAAUGCUUACAUUAGUAAUAAUAAAAUAAGAUGACACUUCUCCAUUAAAAAGAAA